AUGGCGACGCUGAGCUUCGGGAAGCACCGGGGCAAGACUUUCGAGGAGGUGGCCACCACCGACGCCGGGUACUGCAAAUGGGUCCUCGCGAUAGACGGCCCGAAGGGCGCCAUGGCUGAAUUCCAGGGCUUCCUCAAAGCACGCAGCGGCGGCGAACCAGUGUCACCUGGCGCCGCCCUCGCUGCGCCGCCCCCCCAGGGCCACGCAGCGGCUGUGCAGCCCCUCCACGGCGGCGGCUCCUCGCCCGGCGCCGCGCCGCGGCUGCCGGGCGCCGGCGCGGCUGCGCCGCCGGUGGCAGGCGGAGACAGCCAGCUUCCCCCGCACACGUGCUUCGUCCUGGAGGCCACGUCGCGGGAGCGGUUCUGCAUGCGGGCCGAGAUGAUCGACCAGGAGAGCGGCGGUUGUGUCGGCCAGGCCGCUUGGUUGCCGCGGGCCCUCUGGCAGGAGGUGGCCGGCUGGCCAGGCCAGCAGCUACAGGGCGACCGCUGGUCCUUCCCCCUCGGCUGCCACGCCGAGGUCGUCAGCAGGCUGGCCAGCAGAGGCUGGAGGUGCGAGCCGGUGCCCAGCUUCCUGCUGAAGCAGCUGGAGCAGGCCGCUCACGUGGCGCCGGAGCCUUCCGCGGAGCUGCUGGCCACCGAGGGCAUCUCGGGCAUCGUGGCGGCCACGGAGUUGAGCUUGAGAAGGGAGGCGGCGGGACUUUCGCGCGCGGAGCUCGCGCGCACGGAGCCCGCGCGCAUGGAGCUCGCACGCUCGGAACUCCGCACGACGCGGAAUUCGCACGACGCGGAGCUCGCACGCAGCAAAUUCACGGAGCGGGACUCGCACAGACGGAACUCGCAAGCGGCGGAACUCGUCCAGACGGAGCCCGCACGCGCGGAACUCGCACGGACGGAACUCGCACUCGUGAGUUUGCGCGCGUUCUGGAGCUUCUCUGCGUGCGACUUCCACUGGUGCGAGUUAAGUCCGUGCGAGUCCUGCCAGUGCGCGUCCCGUCCGUGCGAGCUCCGUCCGUGCGAGCUCCGUCCGUGCGACUUCAUCGCGUUCGAGUUCCGUCCGUGCGAGCUCCUCAGCUACAGCGCUGGGAUCAGCGCCUGCGCGAAGGUCAGCUACAGCGCUGGGAUCAGCGCGUGCGCGAAGGGCGAGCAGUGGCAGCUGUCGCUGGCGCUCCUCAGCGAGAUGUGGGAUGUGAAAGUGGUGCUACAGGCCAUGAGCGAAGCUCGUGCUCAAGGUGCGAACCUGCUCCGGUCGGCCGACACUGGUGGAGAGCCGGUUUCUGUGAAAAACGGUAUCGUCGACAUUAGCUACAGCGCUGGGAUCAGCGCUUGCGACAAGGGCGAGCAGUGGCAGCGGGCCCUGGCGCUGCUGGACGAGAUGCGGGUGGCGGAGCUGGAGCCCAACGUCUCGCCGCUUGCCAUGGACGUUUGGCCAGUCAGCUACACCGCUGGGACCAGCGCGUGCGAGAAGGGCGAGCAGUGGCAGCGGGCGCUGGCGCUGCUGAGCGAGAUGUGGGAGAUGAAGCUGGAGCCCAACGUCAUCAGCUACAGCGCUGAGCUCUUGAAGACCAACAGCUUCGCGAAGCUGCUCAGGUCCAACGAGCUGUUCUGCUGCGGCUUCGUCGCGCCUGCCUUGGAUGCACUCCGCGGGCCGCCAGGCCCCUACCGAGACGGCCUUGAAGCCGCGAGGACCUUCCCAAAGGAGCCCAAGAAGAUCUCAGGCCCCUACCGAGACGGCCUUGAAGCCGCGAGGACCUUCCCAAAGGCGGCGCUCAAGGUGCUCGGCGACAUGUGGAAGGCGAACCUGACGCCAUCCAUCGUGAUCGCCUGA